AUGGUACAACGGAGACCACCUGAUAAGAAAAUCAUCAGCGGAUUAAGCGAUAAGAAGGAUGAAAAAAGUCGUCCCAUGUACACAAGUGCCAAAACAACGUUCGUUCCUGUCAAAGAAUAG